UCGGUGCGAAGAAGAGUGCGGAGUCGAAAAAAAUCUUUUGUGUGUUUCGCGUCGGCCAUUAAAACACUUCUGCCAGCAGCAGCAGCUCUUCGGGGGCGAACUGUGUCCAGCAGCCAACCAAUAUUCUCGGCGAUGAAGAACGUUUGAUAGGCUGAACUGGCAGCAAAGGUGCAUUUUUAAUCGAGUUCUAUCUGCGGGAAUAGUGUAUACGCAUAUGUAGCAUUACUAGCCUAAAGUGUAUCGUUAAGGGUGAAGUUCAAUGUUGUAUACGUAAAGUAAAAUUUUUUUUUGAGACGGUUCUUGUGGAGCACUUUUUUUUCCUCCUGCUGUGGAUGGAGGAGUAGAGAUCUUGUAAAUCUCGGCACAAGCAAUAAGAAGAAGUGUUUGUUUCCAACGAGUGUAUUCUAGCGUUUACUGCUGACGGAUUGGUGUGUUGUGUAUAGAAGAAAAAAAGUGUCAAUAUAUAUUUGAAUCAGUGUGUUUGGGUGGAAGACUUGCGGGUUAGCAUCUAUGAACUGCUAGAAGGAGACCUCAUUCUUGGAGUACGAAAAGAAGCACGCUAAAUGGAGGAUCCCAACCGAAUGAUGGGUCACGGCGGCCUGAUGCCGCCGAACUACGGCAUGCCGACAAAUGACGGCCAAUCGGUGGAUAAUGACCCCCGCAAACAGGACAUCGGCGAGAUUCUGCAGCAAAUUAUGAACAUCACGGACCAAUCGCUAGACGAAGCCCAAGCCCGAAAGCACACGCUUAACUGUCACAGGAUGAAGCCGGUUCUGUUUGCGGUGCUGUGUGAGAUCAAAGAAAAAACAGUUCUGUCGCUGAGAAACACACAGGAAGAGGAACCUCCAGAUCCACAACUGAUGCGUCUGGACAACAUGCUGAUAGCGGAGGGUGUCGCCGGUCCGGAGAAAGGGGGUGGUACAGGUGCGGCGGCCGUUGCCUCUGGUGCGGUCAACGCAGAUUUUCUCUCGCAAUCGGACCUGACGGGAGGCCAGGACAACGCCAUCGAACACUCGGACUACCGGGCCAAGCUGGCACAGAUUCGUCAGAUUUAUCACCAGGAGCUGGAGAAGUACGAGCAGGCUUGCAGCGAGUUCACCACUCACGUUAUGAACCUUCUACGUGAGCAGAGUCGCACUAGACCCAUCACACCGAAGGAGAUCGAGCGAAUGGUACAAAUUAUUCAUCGAAAAUUCAGCUCGAUUCAGAUGCAGCUCAAACAGUCCACCUGCGAAGCUGUCAUGAUCUUGAGGUCCCGCUUCCUCGAUGCCCGGCGGAAGAGACGUAACUUCAGCAAGCAGGCUUCAGAAAUCCUCAACGAGUACUUCUACAGCCACCUCAGCAACCCAUAUCCAUCGGAGGAGGCCAAGGAGGAACUGGCCAGAAAGUGUGGCAUAACCGUUAGUGUCUCGCAAGUCUCGAAUUGGUUCGGUAAUAAGCGCAUCCGCUACAAGAAGAACAUCGGUAAAGCCCAGGAGGAAGCGAACCUGUACGCGGCGAAGAAAGCCGCGGGUGCCUCACCCUACUCUAUGGGUGGUCCCCCGAGUGGAGCCGCAACUCCGAUGAUGUCUCCAGCACCCGCCCAAGACUCGAUGGGCUACUCGCUCGGUUCGGGUGGUUACGACCAGCAGCAGGCAUACGACGGCAGCAUGGGGUACGAUCCGAUGGGUGGCCACCAGGAUCUGAGUCCUUGAGAUGGCGAGUACUAAACUAACUGUACGUGUGUGAGAGUGGGUGGGUCACCGUAAAGAAGCAGUGCGACACAGACCCCGAAGCAGCACCUAGCUGAGGAUGUGCACCUAGGCAAGUGUAGGGAAUCUGAAAUGUGGAAUCAGAUUUAGGCGUUACUUUAGUUUAGUUCAAAUGAGGGCAAUGCUAUUUUUAUAGAAUCAGAAAAAAAUGAGAAACGGUUAGAUUUUUGGUUUAACAUACUUAAUUUCUCGCUAGAGGUGAAAUUGAAAACAUUUAGUUUUUAGCUUUUUUCAGAGAAGAUUAUUUAAAUUGUAAUAAUUUAAAUAGUAGUGAGACAUUAUUUACAAACGAUUGAGAAUAUCUCGCAUAGCAAGUAGAAUCAACAAUGUACAACGGGAGAAAAUAAGUCAUUCAUUUUAUCGUCAGUUAGAAAAAUCAGGCGAACCGACAAAUGCGGGAAGGUCAUGCGGAACGCUGUGCAUAAAUAAUAGAAAAUUCCGACCAAUACCAACAUCAGCUUUCAGCGUAACGAACGCAUGAGAAUGUUUUACGUUAUUCCAGCGAUGCAAUAAGAAACAAAAUUAUUUUAAUUUUUCGAUAAUUUACAAGCAGCUCAUUUUUGGCUUUUUUCCUGUAAACAUUCGUCCAGGGCAGCGAUUUGUUUAUUUAUUGAAUGCGUACAAUAAUACCCAAACAAAUCACUCGCUUAUGUUUGUAUCAAUCUCAUCGCCCUUUCUCAGCAUCCCCAGCGCGCGAAUCCUCAGUUUGAAUUGUAGAAUACGCUGCAGCUGGAUUUGUACCCAACAAAACUUGUGGAUAGUAAGAAUUUUUCUGCAAUACAUAUUACAUUUCAGCGAGAAGUUUCGGAUCUUUCUGUUCGAUUAGACGACCUACAUAAACCCACUAAUAUGGAAUAAGAAGAAAACUUCAAUUCUACCGAUAGGAAAAAACUCGAAAGAGGAAGAAAAAAAACUAUUGUGUAUACCAUUAGACAUAGGGAAAAAAACAAAAUACGAUACCACGAAUAAGGCCAUAAACGCCACACACUCAGCUCUCAGCUGAUAAAAAAAAACAAGUUUGCCCCCACAUCUGAGAGGGCACAGAACGUGGCAGAAAAGCAAUCAUUCGAAAGAAGAAUUAAGAAAAUGAAUGAGCAAGAGGAGGAAAGCCACACGUCAAACAAUAUACGUAAAUUAAAAUUAAAGCAAGUUAGUGAAACCAGAAGAUAAAUGCAACAAACUAAUUUUCUUUUUCUAGCGAAAAUUAGAGGAAAACAAAACAAAGCUAAUUUCUAGAGUAGAAACACGCGCGUUAUAAAGCAUUUUCAUUUCUUCCAACUUAAGAGAGAAGUAUACAACUGUAGAAAACUACUACGCAUCAACCCUUCAAUUCACAUUUGAAAAGAAAAACAAACACACAAACGUAUACAAUUUUCAUAGUUUUGAAACUUUUAAAAAUGAUCAAAAAGGAAAAAAAAUCGGAAACCAGUUAUACGAUUCACUAUACCAAAAUUAGCUCUAACCCAACCAGGAAGGAUUUGUACUUAAAGAUAGAAUGAGGAAUACUGAACAAGCAACAACCCCGUUGUCAUCUACCGAACUCAACACCAGUGCAGACAGACAGAUACGGUACGAGAGAAAAGCGCGUGAGAUGUCGCUGACAUAAAAGGGGAAACCUAAGGCAACGCGGAACAACGCGCAGAAUACAACAAAAAAUUGACAAUAUGUGCAAGCAAAUAAACGACAGUUGAACUAGAAGAUGAAGGAUGAAGAAUGCAGGCCUGAGAAUGAUGAUCGAGCAACGAUCCAGCAGCAAUCCAAGGUACUUCCAGCCGCACUGGAUUAUUACACUACUAGGUCUUCAAAAGAGUGAAGGUUUGCGAAUGCGCGAGUUGAUGAAACAAAAAAUUAAGUGAACAAAUCAUUUGUAUACGAUAUAAUAAUAAAACAAAAAACCUAUUAAUUAAUGAGAAAAGUUUGACAACAUACUAUUUAAAAAAUAUGAAUUAUGAACAAAGAAAAAAGCUAUUUUCCAAAUAGUUUUAAUAGAAAAUUUCAGUUUCGAAAACAAUCAAGAGUAAAGCAAAAUAACAAAUAACUAAUGGCUUGCACCGUUUUAUAAUGGUACCAUGAUUAACACAGAGCGGCGUUUUCCGGGCAGGUUUUCAUUUUCAACUUGUUUGCGUCGAAAUUGUCAGGUUGACGAGUUCUCGAAACUUAGUUACUCAGAAAACACGAUUUUGUCUUGCAAAUAAUAAAAAUACACAUAUUGUUAUCAGUUUUACGAAUUAGCGUCUGCAGCAUUAUGAAUCGUGUAUUUUCCGUUUCUAUUUUUAAUUUCGUUUGCAUGUUGCAAUGAGCAAUUUCGGUUGUAUGGUUUCCGUCGUUUAAUAUUCCUUUGUUACACAAUCCUUCGUAUCGCGUUAUGUACAUCAACUUUAACACCCGCCCCCUUUAGUGUAUGCUGAGAAUGCGAUAAGUUUACGUUGCUGGCAUUUAAUAAUUUGGGUACAACUUUUCGUUUCUUUUCUCCGACACACACACACAUACAAACACGCAUGUAAGAAAACAAAAGCUGUUCAUAAACAAAACACUCUUGAGAAAAAAUUGAGGAAAUAAAAAAACGAAAGUAUGUAUACGAAAACGAUUUAAAAAUCUAUUAAAUCUAUUAAAUUUAAAUUUUAUGUGUACUUAAUUAUAUUAACUGAGGAGAAAAAAAGAAAAGAAAAAGGAACAAAUGUGAAGGAAGAAGAGCAAACGAACAUCUACAUUAAUAAUUAACAUUAGUAAAGAUAUGAAGUAAUAUAAUGAAAUAUAAGGAAAAAGCAUAAAAUUUA